UUCUAUCUCCAUCGUGGGUCACUACACGUCCUGUCAGAAAGCCUGAAAUGUCUGACAUGCUGCUCUCCUGCUGCCUCCUGGUCUUGCUCUUGACUGAUUCAGGGUUCACAGCUCCUACAGCUAUCCCGGAAGAAGAGAGCUCUCCUUCACCAGAAACAGAGUUCGACUUGAAGCUCGCCACAGACUACCUUCAUCAGUACUACAACCUGGAAAAUGAUCAUUUGGUGCGCAUGAAGAGGAGCGAGCCCUCCUUUAUCUCCAAAGUGAAAGAAAUGCAGUUGUUCUUUGGACUCAAUUCAACUGGCGUUUUAGACCCCGAAACCCUGCAGAUGAUGCAGAGCCCCCGGUGUGGUGUUCCAGAUGUGGAGGAGUACAGUCAUAUCCAUGGCACACGCUGGAAUAAGAAUGUCCUCACAUACCGUAUAGGCAGAUACACCAGAGAUUUGCGGCACAGCGUUGUGGACUCUCUGAUAGAGUCAGCUUUCCGUGUUUGGGCCAGAGCCAGCGGUCUGACGUUCGUCAAGACAAACAGCCACAAUGCUGACAUCAUGGUGGAGUUUGUAACCUAUGCGCAUGGGGAUUUUUAUCCUUUUGAUGGCCCCAGAGGCACGCUGGCUCACGCAUUUGGCCCAGGCAUGGGUACUGGAGGAGACACGCACUUUGAUGAUGACGAGCGCUGGACAGCAGCAGAUGCAGGGUAUAACCUGUUUGUGGUAGCAGCUCAUGAAUUUGGCCAUGCCUUGGGACUUAGACACUCUAGAAACCCAGAAUCCCUGAUGUAUCCAACUUACAAAGCCUUCCAUCCAGCAAACCUGCUGUCCAGAGAAGAUGUAGCCAAUAUCAAAGCACUUUACACUGUGUCAGCUCCUCUCAAGGUUGAUAGAAACUUGCCCCUCAGACCGCUGUUGCCGAGGCUCAUGCAGGACAAAUGUGCACCAGAUAUAACCUUUGAUGCUAUAGCAACUCUUGGGGAUGCCACCUUCUUUUUCAGAGACAAAUAUCUUUGGAUUAAACAUAAUGUGCAGUCUGACAUAAAGGAAGGUCUCAUAUCCAACUUUAUGCCUAUGAUUGAAACCAGAAUCGACGCUGCCUUCUGGAUACCUCGCAGAUCAACCGCUUACCUUAUUCAUGAAUCCACAUUCUGGACAGUAAGAGGGUCUGUUGUGAGGGGAAAGCCAAGAUCACUUUCCUUCUUUGGAUUUCCAGCUUGGGUUCAAGAUGUUGAUGCAACUGUGCAUAUUGUUAAAACAGGACGUACCCUCUUCUUUAUGAAUGAUAUUUACUGGAGUUACAACGAGAACCGAAAGGUGAUGGAUUUUGGUUACCCAAGAUCCAUCAGUGAUGACUUCCCGGGAGUCAACGCCACAAUAAAUGCAGCUUUUUAUAAAAGAAAUUUCAUCUACUUCUUUGUGGGACCACAAGUCUACAAAUUUGACUACACCCACAAAUCUAUUGUCGGAGUGGAAACAGCUAAUGCUUGGCUUGGCUGUUGAAAGAAAACUCGUUGAAACAGAUACAGAAGGAAAAUGACCUGCAAACAUUUUUU